ACAACACUCUAUAUACAGGUCUUCAACAUGAACCUCCUCCUUUCUUGCGCGGCUGGUGUUUCCCUCUCCUAGGGUUAGGGUUAGUGCCAGGUUUUCUCUCUCCUCUCUCUCCCUCGGCGCCACAUCCAUGGCGUCGGCGAGCGAGUUGGUGCGGUGCUUCGAGCGGAAGAAGACGGAGCGUGGGUGCCCCCGAUCUAGCUGGUGAUGCCCGGGACUCUCGGCUGCAAGGCCGUGGAGCCGAUCCUCCUCCACCUCCUCGGCCGCGCCCGCUUCGCCGGGGGCGACGCGCGCAUCCGCUUCCGCGGCGGGGGCAAGGCCUCGUAGGUCUACGCCGUGCGCCAGAGCGUCGCCAAAGCCCUCGUCGCCUUCUACCAGAAGCACGUCGACGAGAAGCACGUCGAUCCCCGCCGAUGCGAGCCCAAGGAGUUCGUCUGCCGCGGCGCCCGCUGCCUGAAGUCGUAUCGGUAACCCCCUCGGAUUCGCUCCAGGAUCCGUGCUCUUCCGCCGACGACUGCGCCGCGGGGCUCAACUGCGGCAAUUGCCCGGCCUCCGGCAUGGCCGGGCCCUCCUGCAUCCGCGCCCAGGCCGUCGAGCCCACCUCCAUUGUUAAAGGGUUGCCCUUUAAUAGGUAUACUUGGCUCGUCACUCACAAUUCAUUCUCCAUUCUCGGUGAGCCGUCGUACACCGGGGUGCAGAGGGUAACUUUUUACAACCAGGAUGAUACUGUUGCUAACCAAUUGAGGAAUGGUGUGAGGGGGUUGAUGCUGGACAUGUAUGACUUCGAUGGCGAUGUAUGGCUCUGCCACUCAUUUCAGGGGCAAUGCUACAAUUUCACUGCUUUUGAACCAGCAAUCAAUACUCUGAAGGAGGUGGAGUCAUUUCUCUCAGCAAAUCCGACAGAGAUUGUGACCAUAAUCAUCGAAGACUAUGUCCACGCUCCCAUGGGUUUAAGCAAGCUAUUUACUAGCGCAGACUUGGUAAAGUACUGGUACCCGGUUUCAGAAAUGCCAACUAACGGCAAGGACUGGCCGAGCGUGACCGACAUGGUGGCAAAGAACCGCCGGCUUCUGGUUUUCACUUCUGAUGCUUCCAAGGAAGCUAGUGAGGGGAUUGCUUAUCAGUGGAAGUACUUGUUGGAGAAUGAGCCUGGGGAUCCAGGGAUUGUGCCUGGCACUUGCCCUAAUAGAAAGGAAUCACAAGCUCUGAACUCAAGAUAUGCGUCUCUAUUCCUGCAAAACUACUUCCCAACCAUUCCUGUUGAGAAUGAAGCUUGCAAGGAGAACUCCGUGGGUCUCGCUCAGAUGGUUGACGCUUGCUAUAAAGCUGCCGGAAAUCAAAUGCCUAACUUUCUUGCAGUGAAUUUUUACAUGAGAAGUGAUGGUCGAGGAGUCUUCGAUAUUCAAGAUCGAAUAAACGGGCUAGCGCUUUGUGGCUGUAGCAUCAUUAGUUCCUGUCAGGCUGGAGCACCAAUGGGAGUGUGCAAGAACACGGGAGCGUCUAAUCGAACUCCCGCUGUAAAUGGAAACAUUUACUCCGGGUAUAUACAAUUGUCAGGAUCUAUUUUGAAGUCCUACUCCGGCUUCAGAGCGAUCAAAUUGUUCAUCAUGUUGCAACUUCUGCAGCUCCUAUUGUAGUCAAUCAUUCAUGUUGAAUCACCAUUCGAUUUGUUCACGAGCUUGUGAUAUGACAUUUUUUGCAGUCAUUAAGGUAUCUCAGCUUCGUUUUUUGGCAUGGAUUUUAGAAUAUUUAGGAAGGGAAUGCUAGGCAAAGGAUGAUGACAAUGUAAAAACUUUGUAAAAUUAUAUGGUUUGAUAUGAAAUAUAUUAGCUUAUGUAUGGCUGUAGUACUUGGAAGUUAA